UUCUAAUCCAAAGGUACAUGACAACACAGGGAAAACCAGAGACCAGUACUGGAAUUCAAUUUGAACAAACCUGCUUUUUCUUGUGUUUUAUGACCAUGAUCUGUCUGUCCUUACCAUUGCCAAAUUCAUCAGUUUGUGAUGCUGAAAUGGCUUCAUUCUAGCAGCCCUUUUAACCAUUUUAUAUGAUGCUACUUUUCUGACUUUCUCCUAAUCUUCAGAACUAAAGGCUUAUGCCCCAUUAUUACAUACAUUUCUAGGUGUCCAGUCAAACUCCAUGCAGUAUUUAAAAAACAAAACAGUGUCUUGGUGAUGGCUGAAGUUGGUCAAGAGUAGCCUAUAAAAAAUUAAAUCUGUCCUAAUCUUCCAGUCUGAAAGCUUGGAGCCCAAGCAAGAUAACCCCCAUUUGCUCAUAUAUCUGUAUGUGAAAGUAAGUACCUGGUUAGCAAGAAGAAAUAGUACUGUCAACAACUAUGGAGGAUGUUAAGCUGUUGGGAGCUUGGCCCAGUUCAUUUAGUUACAGAGUUUUAUGGGCUCUGAAACUCAAGGGUGUGAAAUAUGAGUAUGUAGAAGAGAAUCUUUUCAACAAGAGCGAUUUGCUUCUACGGUAUAAUCCAAUCUACAAGAAGAUCCCGGUGCUUGUUCAUGGUGGAAAACCAAUUGCAGAGUCCAUUGUUAUUCUUGAGUAUGUUGAAGAAACCUGGCCACAGAAUCCCUUGCUUCCAAAGGAUCCCUAUGAGAGGGCUGUGGCCCGGUUCUGGACUAAGUUUGAGGAACACACUAGCCCAACAUUUUUCGCUUUCUUCCAAACUGUUGGAGAAGAACAAGAGAGGGCAGUAAAAGAAGCCAAAGAACUGCUGAGAAUCAUAGAGGAGCAAGGCCUCGGGGAGAAGAAGUUUUUUGGUGGGGAGGAGAUUGGAUUGGCAGACAUAGCCUUUGGAUGGAUAGCUGGAUGGCUGAGAACCAUGGAAGAAGCAGUUGGUGUAAAGCUGAUGGAGGAUGAUAGGUUCCCUCGCUUGCAGGCAUGGAUUGAGAACUUUAAGGCAGUUCCUGUGAUCAAAGAGAACCUUCCUGACCAUAAUGAAAUGCUAGCCUACUUCAAACAGAGACGGGAGAUGUUUAUUGGAUCGGCAACAUCAUAAUCAUUUGUACUGAUUUUUGUUUCUGCAUUUCAAUGACAUGGUUGCUUUGUUUCUUUUAAGUUAGUUUUUUUUUUAUUUAUUCUUUUUGUUCAAACGAAUAAUUCUGAGAUUGUAUGUGGAUGAAGGCUCUUCAUUUCACAUAAUGUACUUCACUGUAGUCUCAUAUACAUUCAUGUAAGAAAAAGAUCUUGGGAUA